AUACCACACGCGCGCCGUCGCCUCACCGCCCUGCACGUGGCUCGCCUCCAACCCUCGCUGCAUCUGGAAAGGAAGAAGAAAAGCAGUACGCAACAGCAACUCGGGCUAGCACACAUCCCAUCAUAACCUUGUUUAGCAGUGCGCAUAUCCUUAUCUAUACAUCAAAAGCAUACAGCGCAUUUAUUUCUUUCGAUGCUCUCAAUCACUCUCAAAGAAGAACGUUUGAAACGCCUGUCAGCCCUUCCUUUGUUAUAGUGACAAGCACAAUACUUUUCUCCUGGAGAGCAAAGCUCGCUCAACGGGGGGAUAUAAUUAUUGAUCUACAAUAUCCUUCAAUUUAAUGAAAAAGGGAACAGGUGUCCACUAUGACCCCUCAGUGUGGCAUCUGCCUUUGCAGUUAUGACCUGGACCUGCACAGGCCUAAAUGCUUGCCAUGUGGUCACACACUUUGUAAAAAGUGCCUGCAGGAUUCUUGCUGCAAACGGAAGUGCCCAACUUGUAGAAAGGAUCUGGCGGCUGCCCCUGAAGAAUGUCCGGAUGACAUUUUUGCCCUAUUGAUUGAAGACGAGGCCGUUCCACCGCGUAAGAAGUCCAGAACACAGGAGACGGAGGUGCAGCAGCUGCAGCGAGGCGUGGAGGCGGGCAGGAAGGUGGUAGAGGUGCUGCGACUACUGGUCCCCAAGGCCGUGGAGGCGCUGCACCGCCAGCUGGACACGUCGGUCGCACAGCUCCACCGACUGGAGGAGUCCCUGGAGAAGCGUGUGGAACAAAAGGCGGCAGGUGACGAGGGUACCACGCCGGAACUCGAGGACGAGCAGGUACAGCUGGCCGUACAGUUGCAGCACAGCCUCCGCCUGCUCAACACCAUCAAGUGCGGCGUCGUGGCAGAGGCGGAGGAUGGGACGACCUGGAAGGCCUCCGUGCACAUUGGCGGAUUCAAUGACAUUCUUCGACUUCUGUUGUUGCAGCUGCGAGAAUACGACCAGCUGGAAAAGGUUGACGACGUCGCGGUGCCCUCCUCUCCAGCAGCUUACGUGGGACCACCAAUGCCUGCCAUACUCACCAUAGACGGCUAUGAUUUUGACGGCGACAGUUUAAUGGUGAAUGACAUUCUACGAAACGGACGGCGGAUGAAAAAUAUACGCUGUAUAAGAGGCCUGAAGGGCAAGAACGCGGACAAGCUACUGCGUGUCGUGGUGACGCUCCCGCUGCACGUCGAGGAACUUUUGUUCUCGGGUAAGGCUGAACCAGCGGUCUUGGAGGAGGUACAGAAAAUGUCUUCACUGAAGAGAUUAGACAUUGAGUGCAUUGAAAAUUGUGACGAUUACCCAGACCUGCCGUUGCAGCUCGAAGAGCUCGCCAUAUGUUGCCCGAGCGAGAAUCAGUUGCGCUGUGUGAUGCGCAUGCCUGCUCUGCGGAGCUUACAGGUUGAUGAUUACCUUCGUACAAAUAUAACCUUUCCCCCCUCGCUGUAUGGAACUCUGCGAUGGCUGGGCGUUGUCCUCAACACUCUUCACAUGUCCACCAUGCUCUCGCUGAUCCGUGCUCACGCCUCAUCACUGGAGGAGUUGCAGAUAUACUGUACCAUCAGUGACGAAGAAAUAGGUGGAGGCUUCUACUUCCCCAACUUGGGCCGGGAUCUUGCGGCGUGUGGCUUGCUUCACCUCCGGCGCCUCGUCCUCGACCGUACAAAGCUCGACCUGUGCACGGAUGUCGCGGGCUGUCUGAUGCAGCGACAGAGCCUCCGAGGCUUCCUACCCUCAUCCGUUGAGGUGGUUUGCGUUGUGUGUCGCUUCUCUGCUCUAUGGUAAAAGCAUAUGCUCGCAAAAUACGUAAGCUCAAAGCUCCCGUCGUGAGAAACACAUGCCCCUCAAAAUUCUAAAAUAACUAUUAUUUUUUUCUCAACAUUUUUUUAUGAAGUUUGUUAAGUUGAAAUUACAAAAUCAAAGCAACCCGCA